UUUUUCAUCGUUUUUUCUCCCCAGGUCUUCGUCAUGUCCCCAUCCAACGUUUGCACCACAUCCUUUCCUCUGAAUAAUGGCAUGAAGCUUCCAGCCGUAGGACUGGGAACAUGGCAAGGAUUGAACAGCAAAACCAGCAACGAUGAGCUUCGAGACUCUAUCAUCCACGCUCUACAUGCGGGAUAUCGCCUGCUAGACACGGCGCAGCAGUAUGGCACCGAACCGGUCGUCGGCGAAGCCAUACGAGCCUCGGGCAUCCCCCGCAGCGAAAUCACGCUGGUCACGAAGCUCCCGGGGUACUUGCACGAUGAUCCGGCCGAGGCUUUGCAGCGCUCUCUCGACGCUCUGGGUCUCGAGUACAUCGACAUCCUGCUCAUGCAUUGGCCCAACGCCACGACUCCGGACGGCAGCUCCCCGCUGGGCAUCGACGAGUCGCCUACGUUCGUCGAGACGUGGAAACUAAUGGAGAAGAUUGUGGGACCCCGCUGUAAAGCCAUCGGUGUGAGCAACUUCUCCCAGAAGACUCUAGACGCCGUGUUAGCCGAGGCGGCCAUCGUGCCGGUCGUGAACCAGGUGGAGUUGCAUGCGCUGAACCCGAACCACAAGUUGGCUGCGUAUUGUCAGGAGAAAGACAUCGUGCUGAUGAGUUGGAGUACCCUUGGGGGAGGUGCUGAAUUCGCACCUCGCGCCGGAGAGAUCCUCACGAACCCGUUGUUCAAGAAUAUCGCGUCGAAUCAUGGCUGCUCGACGGGCGUCGUCUCGCUAUCCUGGGCGGUGCAGCGUGGCAUCAACGUUAUCCCGAAGAGUAACUCGCGAACGCGGGUCGAGGAAAACAUCAGAUUGGUCACUCUCACCGAGGCCGAGAUGAAGGAGCUUAAUGACGCGCACCGGACGAUUGGUCCGCUCCGGAUCGCGGACCAUAUCCAGCUGAUGAGAGGGGAGAAAGACGGCAAAUCUACGCUCAUGGGUUGGACGAACCAGGAUUUUGGCUGGGAGGACGCCGACGGGAACUGGUUGCUGUAGCUGUUUGCAUGGUUUGCUCCCAGGGUCAGGUGACCAAAACUCUAAACUACCACAAAUUUCACAUGACCUUGUGGGAGUGGUAGAACUGAAAAUAACAGAAAUUGUAUGGGCUCCAAUGCAUGCAGGCCUCUGGCGCCGUCAAAAGGUCUAGUAAAUAUAUGAAAAUUACGCAUCAUAGACACAAAUCUAC